AUGCAGAGGCUUGGCGCAGUGCACUCCUCCGCGGCGCAGGCUCUCAGCCUCGUGGUCCUAGCGCUGCAGCUGCUGACUCAGCUGCCGGGCGCAGACUCAGCCCUCCGGUACCGGGUGGCGGAGGAGGGCCCGCCCGACAUCAAGAUCGGCAACGUGGCCGCCGACCUGGGCCUCAUGGCGGGCACGGGCAGCGGGGACGUCACCUUCGCCCUGGAGAGCGGCUCAGAGUUUUUCAAGAUCGACAACGUGACGGGUGAGCUGACCACGGGCACGCGGCGCAUCGACCGGGAGAAGCUGGCGCAGUGCCAGAUGAUAUUUGACGAGAAUGAGUGCUUCUUGGACUUCGAGGUGUCAGUGAUUGGCCCUCUGCAGAGUUGGGUGGACCUGUUCGAGGGCCGCGUGGUCAUAAUCGACAUCAACGACAACACGCCUGCCUUCCCCUCACCUGUGCUGCAGCUCUCGGUGGAGGAGAAUCGCCCGAUAGGAACCCUCUACCUGCUGCCCACAGCGACAGACAGGGAUUUUGGGCGCAACGGCAUCGACCGCUACGAGCUGAUCCAAGACGGCGGGGCAGGUUCAAGUUCGUCCAGACGUGCAACCGCCGGGAACCCCAUCGGAAGAGUGGAGGGCAUCGGGGACCGGAGGGGUAGAAGUGGCGAUAGCGGAGGAGGACCCCGGAGCACUGUGUUCGAACUGCAAGUUGCAGAUAUACCAGAUGGCGAAAAGCAACCGCAGCUCAUCGUAAAAGGCACAUUGGAUCGCGAGCAAAAGGACUCCUACGAGCUAGUCCUCAGGGUUCGAGAUGGGGGGAACCCACCGCGUUCCUCCCAAGCCCUGCUUCGGGUAUCCAUCACCGAUGUGAACGACAACAGCCCUCAGUUUGAGAGGUCCACAUAUGAGGCGGAAAUGGAAGAAAAUGCCCCUCCAGGUACACCCGUCCUCCAGGUCAGAGCUUCCGACCGUGACAUUGGGGUCAACGGGCAGGUGGAGUAUGUCUUUGGAGCGGCAACCGAGUCCGUCCGGCGACUGCUGCGCCUGGACGAGGCCACCGGGUGGCUGAGCGUCCUCCACAGGAUCGACAGGGAAGACGUGGCGCAGCUGAGGUUCACGGUGACGGCCAGAGACCGGGGUCAGCCGCCCCGCACCGACCGCACCACCGUGAUGUUGGCCGUCCGGGACGAAAACGACAACGUGCCCAUCGUGGAGAUCCGAAAGAUCGGACGGAUCCCAGUCCGAGACGGCGUCGCCCUGGUGCCGGAGAACGUCCUGGUGGACACGCCCGUGGCUCUGGUUCAGGUGUCGGACCGAGACCAGGGGGAGAAUGGGGCCGUGACGUGCACGGUCGUGGGAGACGUCCCAUUCACGCUGAAGCCAGCUGGUGAAACGGCGCUCCCGCCCCUACCUGCUGACGAAGCCUUUGAAAGGAAUAAGAAAAAAUACUUUUUACAUACUUCCGCCUUGCUGGACUACGAGGCCACCAAGGAGUACAGCGUCACCAUUGUGGCUGUAGAUUCUGGCAGCCCCAGCCUGUCCAGCAACAGCUCACUGAUGGUGCGAGUGGUGGAUAUCAAUGACCAUGCCCCGGCCUUUGCCCAGAGCGUCGUGGAGGUCCACUUCGCUGAGAACAACUCUCCUGGUGAAAGAGUAGUCACUGUAGUCGCCUCAGACGCAGACAGCGGCAAGAAUGCGGAGAUCGUGUACUCCCUGGAACCUGCUGGAAACGGGCCAUUUUACAUCGAUGCAGAUAACGGAGAUAUCCGUGCCACUGGGGUUCUGGACCGCGAGCUGCGAGAGAGGUACGAACUACGGGUGAUUGCCAAGGACAAGGGCACACCUUCCCUGCGAGGUUCAGCCACGGUUGUCGUUCAGGUGACCGACCGCAACGACAACGCGCCAAAGUUUGUCCAGGAAAUCUUCACAUUCUACGUGAAAGAGAACCUGCUCGCCAACAGUCCGGUCGGCAUGGUCACUGUGACCGACGCCGACGAAGGCGAGAACGCGGAAAUCAGUUUGUUUAUCGAGAUGGAUGGAGUCGAUGAGAAGAAGGCGGGGGAGAAGGUGGACGGCGAGGACGGUGAGAAGGAGAAAGAAGAGGUGUUCUCCAUCGAGAACAACACAGGAACUAUCUUCUCUUCGGCGUCGUUUGACCGGGAAAAGCUUUCCUCCUACACCUUCCGUGUCCGUGCCGUGGACGGAGGGGAGCCGCGCAAAACCGCCACCGCCACGGUCUCGCUCUUCGUGACGGACGAGAACGACAACGCCCCUUCAAUCACGUCCCCAGCCAAUGAGUCCUACACCCUCCUUCCACCCGCCAGCAGUGCCCGCACCAUCGUCAGGACCGUGACCGCCAUAGAUCCGGACACUGGCCCCAAUGCUGACCUUUGCUACUCCCUCGUGGGGGGAAAUCCCUUCCGAUUGUUUGAGAUCGGCCACACCAAUGGGGUGAUCACCCUGGCUGAACCCCUGGAGCGGCGCCACAGGGGCCUUCAUCGCCUGGUGAUCCGGGUCAAUGACAGCGGGGCUCCCUCCCUCUGUGUCACCACCAUGGUUCAUGUCUUCAUCAACGAGAGCUUGGCCAACGCCACCGUAGUGGAUGCACAGGUGGCCCGAAGUCUCAUGGCUCCACUGUCCCUGGACAUCGCAGGGGACCCGGACAGCGAGCGGGCGUUAGGGAAACAGCGCCUCAGCGUGGCCAUCGGCAUCCUGGCGGGAGCCGCGGCGGUUAUCCUGGUGAUCCUGCUUGUGGUCACGGCUCGGCAGUGCGGCGCCCAGGGCAAGAAUGGCUACGAGGCCGGCAAGAAGGAGCCAGAGGAGGACUUCUUCAGUCCUCCGGGCGCUCAACCGCCGGCCGGCCGCGGCAGGGGCUCGGACCGCGGGCGCAAACCCCGACGUGACAAGCGCAAUGGAAGCGGCGGCGGCGGCGGCACGGUGCCGGGAGGAGGCAAGGCGGACCGAUCCCUCUACAGCGGCAUCGUGACUGUCAACGGACUGCGUCGGCACGCCGACGACGACGACGACGACGAGGAUCUGAGCAGCGCCAGCGAGCGCCUGGCGGCCCGGUACUGCGCCAUGGACGGCGACCCCGGCAGCCCGCGGAUGGGCGGCGGCAUGAGGCACCAGUCGAGCCCGGACCUGGCCAGGCACUACAAAUCCAGCUCACCUCUCCCCGCGGUCAACCUGCAGCCCCACUCCCCCCCGGCCGAGGGCAAGAAGCACCAGGCUGUCCAGGACCUGCCGCCCUCCAACACCUUUGUGGGCAGCGGCGGCUGCGCGGGGAGCGGCGGCUCCAGCAGCAGCAGCAGCGGGGGCAGUGGCAACGCAGACGCCAUGUCCCUGGGAUCUGACCAGUGCUCGGACUACGGAUGCCAGACUGGGAACAAGUACAGCAAACAGGGGACCCUUCGCCGGGUGACCUUCUCCGUGGUCAGCCAGCCCCAGGACGCCGGCUGCUACGACAGCGGCCCGGAGGACUCGGAGACGCCGAGCAGCAAGAGCUCGUCGGGGCCGCGGCUCGGAGCGCUGCCGCUGCCCGAGGAGGGCUACGAGCGGACCACCCCGGAGGGCAGCGUGGGGGAGGAGGAGCACGUAGAGAACGAUGCCAGACAGCUGCCAGAUGUGGCUCUGACAGGAAAGUGCACCAGGGAGUGUGAUGAGUUCGGCCACUCUGACACCUGCUGGAUGCCCGUGAGCCACUCGCCCCGCCAGCGCCACGGCAGCGACCCCCCUCGGCUCUCCACCUUCGCCCCCGGAGACGACAACAACAACCUGCGUGGCAACGACCACGAGAGCGACAGCGAGAGCGCCGGCAGCGCGGGGAGCUCAGAGCCCGGGGUGGUGGUGGUGGUGGGCGGAGACGGUCAGAGGUUUCCCCUGGCCAAUGGGGAUCCCCUCGGCACCCUCGGGGGCGGAGACCGCAACAGGAACAUGGGCGACCACAACCGCAACCUUCUGAACCGCAAGAUGACCUCUGCGUCCUACGAUACGUUCAGCAGCGCGGGCUUCGGGAGGCGACAGCAGGACGAGGAAGGGGGAGAGGGCCAGAACCCGGCCGAGGUCAUACCGCUGACGCGCACGGGAGGGGACUACAAGACCACGUCCUGCCUCACGCUGUCACGCCGAGAGGUCUACCUGUGACGGCUGAAGCCAUCGCUCCCUUUUCUGGAAAGCCCAACCAAACGGGGAGGGUUACGACUUUCACAUCAUCAGCUCGGAAGACCUUUUCAACCCACAAAGAUGUUUUCCAAAAGCUGUAUAUCAAAUUGGAUUUUUGGAUUCUGACUUCUAUUUAUAGGCACCUAAACUUAAGCAAGAGACGAAUCAACUCUUGGGAGAGAGCUCGGACCGGGAGAACUUUCUAAAAAAAUGAAGAAAUUUAAAAAAAGAGGGGGGGGGAAAUAUUUUCUAACUACUACUGGAAGUGUCCCACAGGCGAUCAUCCCCUUACGUCCUUGUGUGGGAGGGCGACUUCCUCUCGUCUUCUUUUUACCUGAAUCCAGUGCAUGCCUGACCUUUUUCCCCAGAGGGGCUCCGUGUGAAGACGACAGAGUGAAUCCUGACCCUAGAAAGGCCUUCGGUGCAUGCGGAAAACUUCCACCGGGGGCUCCAGCAGGCAAGAUUUGAACUCAACUGGAGAACCAUCUCGCUUUUAAAAAAUUAAAUAAACACAGAGGUCUUAUUCAGUCAAAAAACAGACUGUGGAGAAGUAACGGGUCUGUGAUUGAGUUUGGUGGAUCUAAUUCAAACCAAUCAAUCGUUCUGAUGCCUAAACACAAUGGGGGGGUAUUAACCAAUCAAACUGCUGAUCCCCAUGAGAACGAGUCAUGAACAAAGACAGUAUGGAAGCUGUACAGUUAGACGGGAGAGAACAAAAAAAAAGGUGCUGAUAUCUAAAAUCAGGUAUCUUUAAAAAAAACAAAAAGACAUUCUAAACAAACUGCAACGAUGUGAAAAUACUUUUUCUUUUUUCCUUUUCUUUUUUGCAGUAAUCAAAUGUAACCACUCAAAACACAAGGUGCUCAUAGAGCGCCAGAAGUGACACAGAGUUACGGCGUGUGUGAAAAUAUGUGUGUUAUCAUUUGUGUCCGUGUGUGUGUAUAUAUACACGUACGCGUGUUUUUGAUAAGGCGGCAGCUUUUUUACUCCCUCUGCUGCUCGCCGCCGUUCCCACGGAGGGGGGCCGAGGAUGGCGUCCCUACAGUGUUCCCGUCUCGCAAACUGUUCUUUCAAACGCACACACACACAGAAAUAAACACAGGCACACACACACACACACACACAGCUGAGCAUGUGAACACAAAGUCGUACAGUUGCAUUUACAGAAUGUGAACAUGCAUAGGGCCACAGUUUAUGAUAUGAUGCAGGUGGCCGUGUAUCAUAAAUGAUAUAACAACUUCAUCAUUAACUUUCGUACAGGUGACAUUAAGCACACACACACACACGCAUACAGUAUUGCAACAUGCAUAUGUAGAAACACAAAACCCAUUUUAAGAUGUGCGCAAGUCAUACGCACUAUGUGCUCUCAAUCAUACUUUUGAAACAUAUUUCUUUAGCUGUAGCAUUUUGCCUGCUCUCCCUCCCCCCCCCCCCUCCAGAAAGUAUUUAAACAUUAAAUAUAUUUAAAUAAUUAUUCAUCUCUGACUGACGUAGAAGGCGACAUUAAAAGGGAAUUUCAGACACGUCAUCUCAUGUAUGUAACGAUAGACGAUGCGGGGACAUGAAACGUUCCCGCAUCCUGUAAGUAGAACUCAUAGAAGAACCAAAUUUCUGCAAGAAAAAAAACUGCAUGAACGAAAGAAAAUGCUGGCUUUGUUUCUCUCUCUCUUUUUUAAACCGCGCGCCUUUUUUGGAUACCACGCAUAUUUGGAUACAUCCGUAUCACACGUGUGUGCGUGUGUGUGUGUGUGUGUGUGUGUGUGUGUGCGUGUGUGUGCUCUCACGUGGGGGAAAUUGAGAUCAUGAUGGCGGCGAAGGAGUUAGCUUCAGUGGAUUAAACUAUUCCCACUCGGAUCGUGGAGCCAGUUUGGGGGGGGGGGGGCCUUUUUUCUCAGUUUCCACAGAAAAGGUUAAAAAAAGAACACAAUGCAGCGCGGAGCCACAGAGACCUGCGCAGCCCUUUUCACCACACAGUGCCGACCCUAGCUCGCCAAACUGCUCAGAGAUCAGAACUUGUCCUUUUCCCAAGCAGCUGCCACACAACUACAGACACACACACACACAUACACACACACACUCUCUCUGCUGCGCGGGAUUGAGGCCGCCGCAUCGUAAUUCCCAUCGCCAGUGUGUGGUUUCGGCGGUGCGAUAAGGAUAAUAGGGUUAGGUCGUCCAUGUGGUCUUAAUGAGUUCCCCUUCCUCCUCCCCUCUCCUCGAUCGGCCGCUGAGCUCAUUAACGUCUGGAUCGCCGAAUGUAACACACUGGAAAUUUCCACUCAAGCGUGUCUUUUGUGGUGAUUUUGGAACCGGUAGAGGCGGAAAGGGGCGCCACGCUCAUCAAGGGCGCGAGCGCCGGUUUAGGCCCCGUUGAUCCUUUGGCAGUCGGACAGGAGAGCCACACUCAGGUAAGGUGUGUAAUGUGUAAGGUGUGCAGUGAGUCCGAGAGAAAUGGGCGUGCUCCUCGUGCGUGGUUACGCGCUGUAUAUCUGUAUAUACCUUCUACUCUACGACUGUAUGACCCACUCCCUUUAGCUCAUUCUAGGCCACUGAUGUACUUAAUCCCUAAGCCUUCAUUUACCCCCAAAUCCCCCAACACGGUUGUUUGCUGAGCUCUGUUGUUGAUGCACUGUGCUGAGGAUGUGAUGAACUCAACGCAUGGAGUUAAUCUGUGGACGGUUGGGGAAGAAAAAACCCUGAAGGAAGAAAGGACAUGAGCUCUUUCUCUGGGAGAAAUGGUGUUGGGACGAGUGUGUGUCCUAAACAAAGAACUAAACGUCCAGCUUGUGGGUUUUGGAAAGAGACUCCUGACGCAGCCCUGCCUCUUCAAAGCGGCAGAUACUUCUUCAAACUGCCUGUUUUUUGGCAGUUCUAUUACGGCACCUUUUCAAAACCCUCCCAGCACAGGUUUGAGGGAACUUGAGCUGCACAACAAUCGGUGUGAGUGUGUAUCUCUAUUUUUUUCUUUCUUUUUUCUUUUUUUUAUAAUGCACGUUUAAACAUGAAUAUCUUUCAGUCUACCGCAAAACAGAGAGGGGAGACGGACAGAGGAGAACGUGACGUCUGAAAACUAUCACCCACUAAUCGAGAUUUUUAAAAACAGUGCAGCGCACAUCAUGUCCCUGUCAUCCCCCUCGUGCUGUUACUCUUAUAGCCAUGUACAGAUAAAACUACACUGUAGAACAGACAACUGGAACCCAUAACAGACAAUGGCAUGCCUAAGGUCUUCAAAUCUGCACUUGAGAAAAAAAGAGAAAAAAAAGAAACGACAACUGUUAUUUUUAUUUCCCUCUACUUUGGUUUUCUUUUAUUAUGGGGCUGGCUCUGUUUUUUGCUUCGCCCUUCCUGUAAUUACGUAAUGAACUAAUUGCAUUUGCUAUGACGAGGAAGAGGAGGAGCUGUUGACGAAUGGUUUGGUAUGAAGAUGAAUCAUGUAAAAGUUUGACUAUGACAUUAAAAACUUCAAACACU